GCGCGACUGUAAUUCCGAUAAAGCCCGGUGAUAGCUUACAGUAGAACCUGUCCGCGCCGCCCCCCUCUCCCUCCACCUCCCCACAUUCCGCGUGUUCGCUAUGAUUACACCAACUCCUCCGCACUAAAGCGUCCACACUCACACGUUUCCAAAUCGCCUUGCUGGAAGGACAAGCUGCAUCCGCAUCGCGCGCAGCACAUCGGAGUCCCUCACAUAAGGCACUGGGAGCAGGUAAUGCCAGAACCUCGACGAUGCCUGGAAUCUACAUGAUAAUGGCCAUGUUGGCCCACGUCGUCGCCCAAGAACCGGAGGAACCCGUCACUUACACGUGCACAGAUGGCUAUGAGUAUGAUCCUGUCAGACAAGUGUGCAAAGACAUCGAUGAGUGCGCCAUCGUUCCCGAUGCCUGCAAAGGGGGUAUGAAGUGCUAUAACCACUUUGGUGGAUACCUCUGUCUGCCACAGAAUGCACAAAUCUUUGUAAGCAGAGGGGAUGAGAUGGUGCAGCCGACUGAACCGAGUCCCCCCAACCCUCCGGUCCCUCCAAAUGUGAACUCUCAAAAUGUCCAACCAGGAAGCUCGUCUGAGCGUCGACUGCUUGUUCCAUACAGGCCCGUGCACUGCUCACCUGGUUUCGCCUUGGAUGAGCAGAAUUACUGCAGAGAUAUAGACGAGUGUAAUACAGGCAGACACACAUGCAGUGCAGAUCAGACCUGCUAUAACACUCGAGGAUCUUUCCUGUGCCAAUGUCCACCAGGCUACCAGAAGAAUGGUGACCAAUGUGUGGAUAGAGAUGAGUGCCUCAUGUCACACUAUUGCAUGCACAGAUGUGUGAACGUCCCAGGAUCCUACUACUGCGAAUGUAAUAGUGGCUACCAGCUUGCCAGCAACAACCACAGCUGUGUGGACGUGAACGAGUGUCAGGUGAGUCAGCCGUGUGAUCAUCAGUGCUACAACCUUAUGGGGUCCUUUAUCUGCCACUGUCGCCAGGGCUAUGAGCUGGCACCAGACUCCGUUUCCUGUUUAGACAUUGACGAGUGUGCCUUCUCCCGCUACAUGUGCCAAUACGCCUGCGUUAACAGCCCUGGAGAAUAUUCCUGCACUUGCCCUGAAGGAUAUGAGCUCCAGGGAACAAGAACGUGUCAAGACAUUAAUGAGUGUGAAACAGGCCACAAAUGCAGCGAGGAUGAGAUGUGCUGGAACUACUACGGAGGCUUCCGGUGUUACCCGAAAAACCCCUGUCAAGAGCCUUAUGUGCGCACAUCAGAAAACCGGUGUGUCUGUUCAUCCAUGAGUGCAUGCCGUGGCUUGCCACAGUCCAUUGUCUACAAGUACAUGAACAUUCAUUCUGACCGUACCGUACCGGCAGACAUCUUCCAGAUCCAAGCCACCAACAUCUAUAGUAAUACGCAUAACACCUUCAGGAUCAGAGCCGGCAAUGAGGGAGGAGAAUUCUUUCUGAGGCGUUCCAGCAAUGUCAGUGCAAUGUUGGUGUUGACCAAGUCCCUAGAGGGCCCUCUUGAGAUAAUCAUCGAUCUAGAGAUGAUCACCCACCACACUGUCACAAACUAUCGCACCAGCUCCUUAUUACGGCUUACCAUCAUCGUGGGACCGUUCCCCUUCUAAUGGCUGCUGUACUGCCUCUUCACAUGUUUAAACAUAUCCAAUAUGCUACAAUCUAGCUCCCUACCAUCACAGUGCCAAGAAUUUAUGAACUGUGCAAGUUGAGUCUUUCUUUUUAUUCUUUAUGUUCUGUAUAGUUGAUCCUGCUCUUCUUUUGGAACGUCUGAUAUUAAUAAUGAAAUGAUAUAAAAGGGGUCCACUAGCAGUUAGUUGCAGAGAUACAGUAUAUGUGGCUUUACCUAACCAGAGACUUGUAUUGACAACGAAAGUGUGUGUUUAACAGGAUAUAUUGUGACAGUGAGGCAAAGUAAGUCCCAGAGAGACAGGGAUUGAUGCUAGGUGCUAGUGAUAAAAGUUAUAGCAGUAUAACAAUAUAAUGUCUUCUUUUUCAUUCGAAUUUCUCAUAUCGGGUGGAUGCCCAUGUUGUUCAUGACCCAGAUCACUACAUAAUUCUUCUUCAGAUAUAAGCACCAAGUGGUGAGUGUGUGACCUUGUUAUCCUGUGUGAGUUGGACACAAAUUAAACUGAAGUCCUCAGCAAUUUUUUUUUUCUUUCUUGAACCCUGUCCAGUGGCUCUGUCCCAAUAUUGACUAAAAUGUUCUCAGGCAACACAAUUAAUGAAGUGAAAUCAUUUUCAAUCUUGGGGACAAAACAUUAUGUUCUAGGGUAUUUUGAACUGCACUUGAGUGUUUGCAGCAUCUGUUGAUGAGAGAGUUAGGCACUGUUUAUGUGGUUGGAUGAUGCCACUUUAAUAAAUCUAGAUUCAUUUCCUUUUCAUUUAUGAAUGUUGCUUUGUAGCUAGUCUCAGUGGCAACAUGGCUCUUGAACAAUAAAUAGCCAGGAAAUGAUGGCAAUGCCACAGUAUGGCAAAGCUUUUGAGUGUUUCCCACAAAUGGAUUAAAUGGACUAAUGCAGUGGAAAGCACUUGGCCAUCUAUAUUAGUUCCAGUGAGGUUACCCUGGGGGAAAAAAAAAAAUCUCUGUUCCCAGGCCAAGCUAUCAAUCAGCCAAAUAUUGUGUGUACUUUGAAGAUUUGUAUGGAUGAAUGCAGUAUGUAGUCAUGAUCCAUGUAAAAGCACGAAAUUUGUUGUCUUGUAGCCAUGUUACCACUCAUUCUAUGUGCAGCACUGAUGAAGUUGGAAUAACCUACUUCAAGUUACCUAUGUCAAGCCUUAAGGUAUUUUGUCUUUAAUUGUAACCUUUGUAGAAUAUGUAGUUCAAUCUCCAAAGUCUAACAUGCAGUGCCUUAUAUAUGAAUACAGUAAUAAUUGCAAUAGCCAACUAUAUUUGUAUAUUCAGUGCCAUUCACAGUUUUAAAAAGAUAAAGCUCUAUGCAGUUGGGAAUCUUUUCUUUAUUUAAAACUGAUUUAAUACAUAAUCAUGAAUGUUUUUUGUACUCUGAAGCAGAAGAGAAUUGUUUUAAAAAAUAAAGGUUAUAUUUAAGAUUCA